AUGUUCUCUCCCUCAUCUCACCUCCUAUCGGUGACCUCAGGUCAUCUUUUUCUACCGGCGACCUUGACUCAUCUGUUUCCACCAGCGACCUCGGGCUCACCUCAGGUCACCGGAGACUACAACGACUGCUCAACUUUACAAGCCCUAAGUACGAUUAAGGUAUGUUUUUGUUUACAUGGUCGGCCUUAUCUUUAUCUCGAUACUUCUCAACAACAGUUGUCGACUUGCUCAACCGACCGCUGUUCUCCACAUCUCCAACUUCUUGCCUUCCCAUGAUCAGAUGCUUAUGAACCCAUGCAAUUCACUUAUGUUUUGCUCUGUAUGUUGAACUUUCACCAGAAAUAUGGGGACUCCUCAUUCCAGGAUUGUAAGAAACCACCAAGUCUAGGUUUUGAAAGCCCUUCUAGGCUUCUUAAUGGUGAAAGCUUGAAAGUCGAAUCAAUUGCUGAUUUUGAUCUCUUCUUUAAGAGGCUUGAAAACUAUGGCAUGCUGAACAAAGGGGUGCUAAGCUUCCUGAUAUCUUCAUGGGUCCUGGGUGCAGGGCCCACCAUCAAGAAAGGUCCAAUCUACUUUCCAAAUCACCAGGAAAAUGGUUCAGCAAGAGUGAAGAUGGGUAAAACUGAAGUCAUAGCUUUGACUUGUCUUCUCAACUUGUUGACCAAUACCCCACAGAAAAAAAGUUUGUCCAUAGGCAGCAGAUGUAAUGGAAGUCUUUAUCCAUCUUGGAGAGCCUUGUCAUGUUUGUCAGCUUCUUGUGCAGAUAGUUCAACAUAUACAUCAAGAGUUGAUGUGAGAACUGGAUGUGAUCUAGAUGGGCUUAAACUUGUUGUGGAGGGAGCCUCUAUUCCUGAGUGUGCUAAUGGGACAAGCAUUGUGAUACCCAUACCAGGAGCUGUGAGUGAUGAGGAUAUGGCUGUGACAGGAGGAGGUACACGUGUACAUGACCAAGAUACAUCCAAGCUUCCAUUUUUAUCUGAUUUUGAAGAACUGGAGGGCGAAUUGGAUUUUCUAACUCGUGUGGUUGUACUCACAUUCUAUCCUGCUGUGCCAGCCAGAACCCCUAUCACACUUGGUGAGGUACCGUACAUUGACAACUUUACUUCCCAUCAUCUCACUUUAUUUUUUCUGAGUACCUCCUGGGUAAACCUGUUAUCGGGUGAUGACAUUAUAUCUGUUUCACAACCAAUGCGACAAACUACUUUACAUGAUCCAUUUCUCAACCCAUUUCAUGAUCAUGAUGAAGCAAGUGAGCCUCCUCCACGUAAGUCUGAAUUAGGAAGACCAAGUUCUGCCUCGAGACUCAUAACUUCAGAUUCAUCGAACCUUGGUGUAAUUAUGGAACCUUCAUUGGCUGAACUGUAUCACAACUUAAGAAAAGAUCUCGCUGAGUUAUUCCAGUAUAAAUUUUUUGAUACUUCUGUUUAUGGUAGUGGGUUUCCACGUGCAGCUGAUGAAAGACCAUCGCCAUUGUCAAACCACAAGCUUUCGGGGCCAAUUUAG